CUUCACUGUAUUCGUUCAACAUGUCUGCCUCCAUGGUGCGAGCGACCGUCCGAGCGGUCAGCAAGAGAAAGAUACUGCCUACUAGAGCCGCGUUGACACUGACUCCUGCAGCUGUGAACAAAAUCCAAGUGUUGUUGCAGGACAAGCCCGAAUAUAUUGGUUUAAAGGUUGGAGUGAGAACGCGUGGCUGCAAUGGGCUGACGUACACACUGGACUAUACGAAGGAGAAAGACAAAUCUGAUGAGGAAGUAUUGCAGGAUGGUGUGAGAGUGUUUAUAGAGAAGAAGGCUCAGCUGACGCUGCUGGGGACCGAGAUGGACUUUGUGGAGUCGAAGCUGUCCAGCGAAUUUGUCUUCAACAACCCCAACAUCAAGGGCACGUGUGGCUGUGGAGAAAGCUUCAACAUAUGAGCAUCGCGGAGCCUCCGCCCUCCCUCCCCCUCCCCCGCUACCGACUCUGUUCCACCCAGAAAGACUGCGAGACUGAGGACGCUGAACUUGAAGAAAUCUCUGGAGAUGUGGAAACGCUCACCUUCCUGCCACCGCUCCACCUGCUGACCACUCACAUAAAUCACUGAAGAAAAACUAUUCAGGCCAGAAGAAUUUCAGAUUUCCAGCUUCUCUAAUGUUAAAGAUGUUGUUUUUUCAGUAUUUUUCUGCUCUGCUUCUGGAAAGUCUUUGAAAGCAUGAUGGUUUUCCUUUCAAUAGACCAGUACUCACAUCAGUUUUACACCUUCAGUCAAAUCUCAACACAACCUGGAGCAAAUAGUAUCUUAUGGCCGAGGAACCUAUUCCCUAGACCUAAGAACUGAGAGUGGCCUAAGUUGGUAAACCCACUAGGAUGAAGUGUGAGACGACAAAGUGUCCUGUUUGAAUCUGUCCACUAAAAUCCGUCGAAUGCCAACGUCAGCUGUUUGAUGGACACACUGUCAGACGGUGCGCGUUCGUCCAGCGGCACGUACCAGUAGUAUGCAAAAGUGGACGGGCUUGAGUGUCUUUAAGCUGUUUUAUCAGUUUGUAAAUUCUUUUAAAGAUUAAUAGAUAUAUAUUUAUCAUUGUGUGUAAAUAUUAAGAAUGUAAAUCCCUUGAAUACGCAUACGCACAAAAAGCAACGCACAAUACAUGUAUCCCUCACAUAGGAAUACAGGAGGUUUCUGUUGCUUCAUCGGAGCCAGGACUUUAUGUUUCAUUACACAGGAUGUACUCCUAAGACUUGUAACCUGUGCAAUAUGUCUGUGUAUAUUAAAUACUGAAUAGCUAAAGUC